AUGGCCGCCGAAAUCCCCCAACGGCUGGUACAGCAUCACCCGCUCCAGCGCUGGCCCAGUCCGUCCCGGGGCUUGUCCGCCCUGGUUCAUCUGGCAGGACUCUCAAGUUUCCUCUGGUCGUUCAAAUGGAUGCAUGAGAAUCCCAAUCAGGCCAACCAAGCAUACGGCUGGCACUUUCAGUACCUCACCGUCAUCGGUCUGUCCCUAUCUACGGUGACUUUUGCUGUGGCCCUGCUGGCGGACAUCACGCUGUCUCGGCGCCUGUUCUUAAUCAAAAACAUCCUGUCUGUGUGUAGUGCUCCGAUGGAGAUUCUGAUCAGUGUGCUGUACUGGGGUCUUCGUUCGAUUGACAAGCGCUUGGUAAUUCCGGAAUGGGUCUUUCUACCCAUGCAUGCCGAUAUCAGUUUCCACGCUGUCCCAUCAGUGGUGAUGCUGAUUGACCUUUUGUUCCUUUCUCCACCGUGGACCAUCACCGUCUUCCCCGCCCUCGGGCUGUCUGGAGCCAUUGCCUUUGGCUACUGGUUCUGGGUCGAGCAGUGCUUCGAGAACAACGGAUGGUAUCCCUAUCCCAUCUUUGAGCAGCUGCCCACGCCCGGCCGGAUUGGCCUUUUCUCCAUGAGCGCGAUCAUGAUGGCGCUGAGCACGAGCACACUCAAGUGGUUGCAUGGUCGUGUGAACGGCUUUGGAACGUCUGUCCCAGCGCAGUCUUUCUCUGGCAAUAUCAAGAAGGAAACCAUUUAG